AUGAGAAGAUUCAAGUCGAACAAAGAGGACGUAAAUCUCCCGGUAGACGAUGUGUCUCUGGGAGACGUUGAGAAGGACAUUAAAGACCUACAGUCUUUUAUUGCGAACAUAAAGUCCGAACAAGAUGAAAGAAAUGAGGAUAGUAACGCAGUAAAAAGCACGCCCCCGUCAAAGCCCCGAGUGAAAAAACCAUAUAUGCGUGAAGAUUUCGAGUCAAAACGACAAAGGGACCUACUUCUGUUCGAUUUUCCCCAGGUAAACAAUAAAGUAGAAGAUAUCAGAGAUACGCUCGUUCAAGACUAUAUCAGAAAUCUGGCGUCAAUGAACCCAGAGGAGGCUUUGGGGAGUGGGAGUUUAGAUGUUCGUAAUACUGACGCGCUAAAUGAGAUUUCAUUGCAGGAUGAAAGAGAACAUUCGGGGCUUCAGUAUCCAGAACACAUAGUAGAAAGAAGUGAAAAAAUUUUUCGUGAUGGUAGCAACGAACGUGUUGCAGAGCCAAAUUCAAGAAUACCAGGACACACUUUUCAUUCAACUUAUGAAACAGGCAGAGGACAUGGAAGUCAGUAUGUACAUUCUCAGCACGAAAGAAAACCCGAAAUGCCCACCAGCAAGAAUGUAAAUAGAACCAAACUGAAAACAGAGAAAAAAAUAACAAACUCUAGAGAGGAUAAAAUACCAAAGAUGCCUCGCAAUCAGGGAGACAGCAUCCAAAGCGGCAUUGGGACAGCCAAAAAAGGACACAGGUCAAAACUGUCCGACGCAACUGUCAGCUCCGGUGAAGAAAGAAAAGCACCGCAUGUAGAUAAUAAUGGGAAAGGUUUGAUUCACGACGCCAAGGGGAUUAGAAAAAUCAACAAACUCAUUUCCAGAAUGCACAGUCGACAAAAUUAUGAUCCGCCAGGCAAACAUCAGACACGCAGGGCAGAGACUGUGAAAGGUGCUGAAACCUCAAAAACUCAAGGAGCAUCGAAGCACAAAAAUACCGUCAGCGUCCAGAAAAGAAGGGGUAAUAAGUACAGGAAACAAAACUCUCGCGGGAGAUCUCACCCCAAUCCACGCCGACCUCCCCCUCGGAGGCCAUAUCAACCACCACCAACAACCACCGAGCUGACCACCACAACGACCACCACCACAGAGAGCAGCACCUGGACAACCCAAACAGUGGACAACAGGACCAUGCAGGAGAUCGUGGACUCUGGCGUGGAUAAGAUCGAUGUGCCACUCACAGACUCAAACACCGGGCAUGCUAUUAUUCACGGUCGUCGAGACAUUGUGAUGGCAGGAGCCAUCAUGGGAGGAAUCGGGCUGCUACUCAUCAUUCUCUCUUUCGUCUACAUGUUUAUCAAUAGGAGGAAAACGCAGCAGAAGAUCACAGGCACUGCUAAAAACAACAAUAAAUCUUACCAGAGAUUCGGAACUGCGGAGGAGACAGCGAAACUCACAAAACCUCAGCACAGUUUGUUCCCUUUGUCUUCUGAUGAGGAUACAACUGAGGAGUCGGACGAGGACAGUACGAAUAACUUGACUGGGAUAAAGGGACCGUCUGGUAAAAGGAACAUUCGAUGA